UAGUAAUAUUAUUGGGUCCUGCGACGCCGGUUGACGUCACAAAAAAACAUUAAAAUAUUCGCAUCUUCCUUCUUCUCUUUUUCUCUUCAUCUUCCUCCUUCCACACCUAACCAUUAUUAUUAUUCAUUUCAUUUUCAGUUUUUCAAGUUCACCGUGUGAAAGAUUUUCUUUUCUUUUUAAUGGAUUUGAAUUCUGGUUAUGAAGAAGAACUUCAACAAAACCAAAGGUUGCUUCGUUUUCGCUCUACAACGAGCUCAUCUAGUUAUCGAGAAUUCAGGGACAAUAAUCCUUUAAGUAAUACAAAUUCUUCUGGUGCAAGUUCAAGCAUGCUUGUUGGUUCUUCUAUGGGAAUGAGAAUGGAUCAGCCAAGUAGUUCUUCUGCUGGUCAUUUCUCCAACAAUAUCAUCUCCUUUCAAAAUGGUUAUGACACUAUGAAAGGAGUUGAAAACUAUGAUGGAGUGAAUGAAAGUGAUGGCGAACUUACUCUAUCUAUGAGCAUAUUGAAGAAUCAAAUCGGAUUCUCAACAAGAAACCCUUCUUCGUUGGGAACAUUAUCACAGAAUUCCAAAAUGGGUGAGGGUCAUAAGUUAUUUUAUGAUUAUAAUGAUCAGAAUGUAGAGAUGGGAAAUCAAGUUGAUACAUUAUCACAUCACAUGAGUUUGCCAAGAAAGUCAUCAGAAAUGUUUGUUAUGGAGAAUUUACAUCAGUUCCCCGAUUCUUCUAUUCCUAGUACUAGUAGUAGUAUUAGAGCAAAGCGAGGCUGCGCAACGCAUCCUAGAAGCGUCGCGGAAAGGGUAAGAAGAACUCGAAUAAGCGAACGAAUGAAAAAGUUGCAAGAGCUUGUUCCAAAUACUGACAAGCAAACUUGCACAUCAGAAAUGUUGGAAUUGGCUGUAGAGUAUAUUAAAGAGCUUCAAAAACAAUUAAAGAUUAUGAGUGCAAAAAGAGCUAAAUGCAGAUGCAAAAAUCAGAAAUGAAUCAACUUGGGUUUCAAUUAUGCAGACAAUAAAUCAAAUGGUUAAGUUGUAAUUUUGUAUACAAAAGUUCUAGGGUAGUCAUUUUAGUUUUUACACUGUGUUAUGUUAUUUUCCCCUACAGAUAUGAACAUUUUUAGAGAA